GCCUCUCCACUCUCUCCUUAGUAAAGGCAAAGACAUCGAAUAAAAAUAUAUAAACCCAUAAAAAUGGGUUCCAAUUAAAUGUUCUCUUAAUAAAACACAAAAUAAAAAUAAAAAUGAAGAGACAACCGCGUUUGACCUUUCUCAAAUUCUUCUAACAUUGCCUGCCCUGCCCUAGCAAUUUUUCUUCACUUCUUCCACCCAAAGCGUCAAACAAAUCCUUCUGAACUUCUUCUUCUUCUUCUUCUUCUUCUUCCGUUUUUUGGGUUGAAUUUCUAUCCCUACCCAUCUCUUCUGUUUUUUCUUUGCUCGAUCUGAUUUGGGUUUUCUUUGUUUUGCUUCCAUGGCGGAGAUCAAGCUAAUCUUGGCUCGGCCGAUUCAAUUGGCUGACCAAGUUACUAAGGCGGCCGAUGAGGCUACCAGUUGCAAGCAGGAGUGCGCCGACCUCAAGGGCAAGACGGAAAAGCUUGCUACUCUUCUCCGUCAGGCGGCUCGAGCGAGUUCCGAUCUCUACGAGCGACCGGCUACUCGGAUCAUCAACGAAACUGCACAAGCUUUAGAUAAAGCUCUUUCGCUGGUGCUCAAAUGCAGUGGCAAUGGUCUUAUGAAGCGUGUUUUUACAAUCAUCCCUGCUGCCGCCUUCCGUAAAUCCUGCUCCCAACUCGAGAAUUCUAUCGGUGACGUCUCGUGGUUGCUUCGAGUUUCUGCCUCCGCCGAGGAUCGUGGCGAUGAGUAUUUGGGUCUUCCCCCUAUCGCCGCUAACGAACCCAUUCUAGGUCUUAUCUGGGAACAGAUUGCUAUUCUAUCAACUGGGUCGCCGGAAGAUCGAGCUGACGCCGCAGCGUCGUUGGUUUCUUUGGCGAAAGACAGCGAGAGGUAUGGGAAACGGAUAAUUGAAGAAGGCGGCGUUGGGGCGCUGCUGAAAUUGCUGAAAGAAGGUAAGGUCGAAGGUCAAGAAAACGCUGCAAAUGCAAUUGGGCUUUUAGGGCGUGACCCGGAGAAUGUUGAGGCCAUGAUUCAAGCUGGUGUCUGCCAGGUGUUUGCGAAAAUUCUCAAAGAAGGUCCGAUGAAAGUUCAAGCUGUGGUUGCUUGGGCUGUAUCAGAACUCGUUUCUAGUUACCCAAAAUGCCAAGAUCUCUUUGAACAACACUAUAUUAUUCGCUCCCUUGUUAGCCAUCUUGCGUUUGAGACUGUUCAAGAACAUAGCAAAUACAAUAUCACUGCCAAUAAAACCACAUCGAUCCAUGCUCUGGUAAUGGCGAGCAACCAAAAAACGAAUAAUCUGUAUAAAGCUGCGGAUGAUGAUGAUCGACAGCUCCAUAGUCGGAUUCUUCAUCCGAUGGGAAAUCGAACCCCAAAUCAGAUGCACGCAGUGGUUACUAACACUAUGAACAUGCUCUCUUCGGUGCCGGCCACAACAGCAACUCCUCCACAGGCAAGCCAUAGCGAAGGCCACAGCGUUAGCAGCAAUGGAAAGCAUAUUCUUCCACAUCAUUCCCCUUAUCUUCACCAUGCUCAUUCCGGCCCCAGCACGAAGGGCAGGGAACUUGAGGACCCGGCAACGAAAGCCAAGAUGAAAGCCAUGGCAGCUAGAGCCCUUUGGCAGCUUGCCAAAGGGAAUUUGACAAUCUGCCGUAGUAUUACAGAGUCAAGAGCUUUGUUGUGUUUUGCUGUUCUACUUGAGAAGGGGGAACAGAAUGUGCGGCAUAACUCUGCAAUGGCAUUGAUGGAGAUCACCGCCAUGGCGGAGCACGAUCCUGACUUGAGAAGAUCCGCCUUCAAGCCGACUUCGCCCGCUUGUAGAGCUGUUGUGGAACAGUUGCUGAAGAUCAUUGAAAAAGAAGAUGCCGAUCUCCUCAUCCCGUGUAUCAAAUCCAUUGGACAUUUAGCGAGGACGUUCCGAGCAACCGAGAAGAGAAUGAUCAUCCCAUUGGUGCAGCUUCUCGACGAUAGAGAGCCCGAGGUCUCGAAGGAGGCCUGCAUUGCUCUCAUCAAAUUUGCCUGCACAGAAAACUUCCUCCACAUCAACCACUGCGAGGAAAUUAUAGCUGCAGGAGGGGCAAAACACUUGGUCCAACUAGUGUACUUUGGGGAUCAAAGUGUUAAACUUGAUGCCGUAACUCUAUUGUGCUACAUUGCCCUGCAUUUGCCAGAUAGAGAGGAGCUUGCUCGGGCCGAGACGCUUCCCGUGAUAGAAUGGGCGUCAAAACAAUCUCAUUUGACGCAGGACGAAACACAUGAAAGACUCUUACAUGAAGCUGCAAAUAAGCUAGAGCUGUUUCAAUCUAGAGGUCCAAGAGGAUACCAUUGAUUUCAAUCAUUCCAGGCAAGGUUCUAAUCUCUUCCACAGGUUGAAAAUUUUCCAUUUUCACAUAUUAUUUUCAUUCGAGUGUACGUAUUAGAUUCGUUUUCCAUCCAUAAUUUGUUCAAAAAGUAAUGUAAUAAUUUAGUAAAGUUGGUUGCUUGCUUCUUUGUGUCCUUCAUCUGCCUGUCAUGGAGACAAAGUUUACAGGUUUCUCCAUGGUUGAUUUCAAAUGAUCAUAUACCCCUUUUUUUA